AUCAAUGCGCGCGAUUCGAUGAGCUAACUAAGGAGGAAAUUGGGCGCUCUACCACAUUUUUGUUUCCGAUUCGGAUAAGUGUCGAACAACUUAAAAAUAGGUAUGAGUAUGUUUGGGACAAGUUCUGGGUUUGGUUCAGCUGGAGCCAGCAUGUUUGGCAGCACAGCGACGGACAAUCACAAUCCCAUGAAGGACAUUGAAGUAACUUCACCACCUGAUGACAGUAUUAGCUGUUUAGCAUUUAGUCCUCCCACUCUGCCAGGGAAUUUUCUUAUCGGAGGAUCUUGGGCUAAUGAUGUCCGCUGUUGGGAGGUCCAGGAUAAUGGACAGACUGUUCCUAAAGCACAGCAGAUGCACAGUGGUCCCGUGCUCGAUGUCUGCUGGAGUGAUGAUGGAAGUAAAGUCUUUACUGUCUCAUGUGACAAAACUGCAAAAAUGUGGGACCUCAAUAGCAAUCAAGCGAUACAGAUUGCACAGCAUGAUGCCCCAAUUAGAACUGUACACUGGAUAAAAGCACCCAAUUAUAGUUGUGUGAUGACGGGAAGCUGGGACAAAACUUUAAAGUUUUGGGAUACACGUUCUCCGACACCAAUGAUGUCAUUGCAGUUACCUGAGCGAUGCUACUGUGCUGAUGUUGUUUAUCCCAUGGCAGUGGUUGCAACAGCUGAAAGGGGCCUCAUUGUCUACCAGUUGGAAAACCAGCCCUCUGAGUUUCGUAGAAUUGAAUCUCCACUGAAGCAUCAGCACCGCUGUGUUGCCAUCUUUAAGGAUAAACAAAACAAGCCCACUGGCUUUGCACUGGGCAGUAUUGAAGGAAGAGUUGCCAUACAUUAUAUUAAUCCACCCAAUCCGGCUAAGGAUAAUUUUACAUUUAAGUGCCACAGAUCAAAUGGAACCAACACUUCUGCACCACAAGAUAUUUAUGCUGUGAACGCCAUUGCCUUUCAUCCAGUCCAUGGUACUCUUGCAACUGUGGGGUCAGAUGGACGAUUCAGCUUUUGGGAUAAAGAUGCUCGUACCAAACUAAAGACAUCUGAGCAACUGGACCAGCCUAUCACAGCCUGCUGCUUUAACCACAAUGGCAACAUCUUUGCGUAUUCCUCCAGUUACGACUGGUCUAAGGGACAUGAAUUUUACAACCCUCAGAAGAAAAAUUAUAUCUUUUUGCGCAAUGCUGCUGAGGAAUUGAAGCCUAGGAACAAAAAAUGAUUCUGCCUGCAUUUGCCAUUUUUGCAAUUGGACAUCACUUGGUCAACACGAAUAUCUUGAAAUUCCCUUGCAAUUUAAAUGCAAGAAAAACCCUUCUUUGCCAGUGGAAGUUACAGGAGUGUGGUGCUCUUGCAUGGACCAAUAAGCAGAGUCCUUCGGUUAUUAAGACUAGAGGAAAUGGGGCUUGUUUGAUUUUAUUUUUGUUUUGUAUUGUUUUUCAGUCAUGUUUGCUAUUUUCUUAUUAUAUAUGUAUAUUAAUAAAAAUGCCUUUAAAUUACA